UCAGGUUCUCCGGUCACAGCAGCUCAGUCCUCCAAAGCUGCUGGACCCCAGGGAGAACUGACCACCGACUGAGCAGCCGGCUGAAUCUACCUCCACAAUGCCGCUCUCAGGAACCCCGGCCCCCAAUAAGAAGAGGAAAUCCAGCAAGCUGAUCAUGGAACUCACUGGAGGUGGACAGGAGAGCUCGGCCCUGAACCUGGGGAAGAAGAUCAGUGUCCCAAGGGAUGUGAUGUUGGAAGAGCUGUCACUGCUCACCAACCGGGGCUCCAAGAUGUUCAAAUUGCGGCAGAUGCGGGUGGAGAAGUUUAUCUAUGAGAACCACCCUGAUGUUUUUUCUGACAGCUCCAUGGAUCAUUUCCAGAAGUUCCUUCCCACAGUGGGGGGACAGCUGGGCACAGCUGGUCAGGGAUUCUCCUACAGCAAAGGCAGUGGCGGAGGCCAGGCAGGGGGCAGUAGCUCUGCGGGACACUAUGGCUCUGACCAACAUCAUCAUCAGGGCUCUGGGUCUGGAGCUGGGGUUGCAGGUGGUCCUGGGGGCCAGGCUGGCAGAGGAGGAGCUGCUGGCACGGCAGGAGCUGGUGAGACAGGAUCAGGAAACCAGGCAGAUGGAGAAGGAAAACAUGUUACUGUGUUCAAGACCUAUAUUUCUCCAUGGGAGCGAGCCAUGGGAGUUGACUCCCAACAAAAAAUGGAACUUGGCAUUGACCUGCUGGCCUAUGGGGCCAAAGUGGAACUCCCCAAAUAUAAGUCCUUUAACAGGACGGCAAUGCCCUAUGGUGGAUAUGAGAAGGCCUCCAAACGCAUGACAUUUCAGAUGCCCAAGAUUGACCUGGGACCCCUGCUGAGUGAACCCCUGGUCCUCUACAACCAGAAACUCUCCAACAGGCCUUCUUUCAACCGAACCCCUAUUCCAUGGCUGAGCUCUGGGGAGCCAGUAGACUACAGUGUGGAUAUUGGCAUCCCCUUGGAUGGAGAAACAGAGGAACUCUGAAACGUUUCCUCUUCUAAUUUGCAUCAGGUUUCUCCCUCUGGUUCUAAUUUGGAAAAGGAGUGCUAAGUCGGAUGCCCCCACUGUUAAUCCAGUAUCUGUGGGAAUAGAGAGAAAAAGGUGGGAACGAUCUGCCUUUCUGUCCUCUAUUCUGAGCCUCACUCCAAACAUCCUUCCUUACCAACUCAGAACUUCCCUUCUAAUUGCUCCAUAUGGAAUUUUCUCUGCCACCAGUAAUAGUCAAUAAACUUCAAGGAAAUGAACUCCUUCUUCCUUUGAUAUUUGAGGGCUGAAGAAAGCUAAAGCUAACAAAACUUAAAGACCAGUUAAAGCUGAAUGCUAAACAUUUAUUGUUUAGACUUUGAGACCAGACAUAAUCUCUGGUUUCUUACAUGCCCACACCCACAAAAUCAUAUUCAUACAUACAUACAAAGGCAUACUUAAUUCAACAGUACAUGAGACAAAUAAUCAUGCAUAAACACAUGUGCUGGUCCCUAUGUAGGAGAAGCUAAGGUGAUGCUGUGCAGAGUUGGUAACACUGGUGUUAGCUCUAUGUAGCUAUUAGAAGCUGCAAAACGGGCUGGGGAUUUAGCUCAGUGGUUUCACCACCUUCCUUGCAAGCACAAGGUCCUGAGUUCGACACCUGUCACCAAUUCCCCUGAGAGUCUCAGUGACACAAAAUGAAGAGAGGCAAGAUGUGAGGAGCAGGAUCAGAGGACUGCAGCUUGCUCAGGCAACA